GAGCACCCAAACCCCAAACCCUGUGGCAUCCGCACUCGCGUGCGUGAGUCCGUUGUGGAUAUUGCAUUUGAUACUUCGCCACUUGGCGCCAUGUGAAUGACCCAAAUAAUCCAAACAAACUGCAAAGUUUCCCCCAUGUGUAAGUGUAAUCGUGGCUACACCUUUCUAGCUCCACACGGCUGCUCCUCAUCCGAAGCCCCUUGCUCCUGCCAUUGAGCUCGUUUUCACUUGGAGCAUAAAUUUGAGCAUUGUGUGAUGUUAUGUUGGGGUAAAUUCCUCGGUGCCAUGCAUCGGACUCCCCUCAGUUGUUAGGUGGAGGUUGUUAGGCUUCCGAAAGUAGUUUUUCCCGAACCAAAGUUCAGUUCUUCGACGGCUUUUACUGGGAACAGUUGACUUGGUUCUUGGAGUGCUCUAAAUAUUCGUGGCUCUAAAUAUGCCCAGUGAAAAUCAUCUGCAUCACCAUCGCUUGGGACACACUGGCGGAUUGUCUCCGCAUCAUCAUCACUUGCUGGACACAUCCUGCAGCAAUACGGGAAUCACUGUGACAGAACAUCAUCAUGGACUCGACUUGACCACCACGCUGCGCAGUGAACUGGCUGCGUUGUCCUACAAAAAGGAGCGACUUACGGGGGAGCUUGCUGAAGCGCGUACCGCCUUGUGCAGCAAAGAUGUGGAUAUCGAGAAUCUGCGAGCCCAGGCUGCUCGGCAGACUGCCCUCAUCGGAUCCCUUCAGAGUCGUCUGCAAAACUCGGAGAGCAGGGAGCAGGCUGUCCAGGCCCGAUGUGAUUCCACCAUUCAGACGGUUCAGCGGGAGAAGCGUAGCUCCGACGAGCGCAACAAGGAGCUAAUCUGCAAGAUACAGCAUCUGGAAACGCAUAUGGCCAGCGAGGAAUCGCAAAAGGAGCAGGUCAAGGCUCAGUUGCACGAUCUCCUGCGACGGCUUAGCAUAACUUUGGGAAUGGAUGUGUGCGAUGGCAACCAGAAUUCCCAUGCCACACCCGAGUGCAUCAUCUCGCGGGCCGAGGAGGUGAUGGUGGAGCUGCAAAGGACGAAGGCCAAGGUCAGUUCCACCUGCGACACGCUGAGCUCCUGCGAAAAUGAACUGCUCAACUUGAAGUCACUGGCCAACAUUGAGAAGCAGCGCCUCACGGCCCAACUCGAUGGAGCUGGCAAUCACAACCACGAGCUGGAAGGACGCUGUCGCCAAUACGAAAGGGAUCUUCAGAUCCAAAGGGAUCGCUUGACCGAAUCGGAAAUCAACGGCGAGAAGCUCAAGGAAGAACUGCGCGGCUUUGAGUCGCGAUGCCAUCGCUUGCAAAACAACCUGGACCGGACUCAGGGCGAUCGCCUGCAGUUCUUGCGGGGAUUGAGCAAUCUCUUGAAUGUUCCCGAACCGUGCGAAACGCUCAUCAAGGACAAGCUGAGAGAGACUCUGGCGGAGAACCAGGCCAUGCAUGCGCAAAUGCAUUCUCUGCGAGAUCAGCUGAACUCGGAGCAUGAGAAGCUCAAGGAGACCCAACAGACGACGGAAUGUCGCCUCCGUUCUGGCGAGGCACAGAAAUGUGAGCUAACUGAGCGCUUGGAGAAGUGCCAUGCCGAGAUCCAUACUCUUCGAAAGGAUCACAUGGGUCUAUCUGAGUUCCUGCAGCGACUGGCCCUCGCGAUGAACUGGGGUGAGUGCUCUGCCCCUCCGGCUCUUGGAACUGAUACCAAUCUAAUGGCGGAGAACUUGCUUGAGAGAGCCGAAAGACUCGCCGCUCACUGCGACCACGAGGCAUCCCAUCAUCAUCAUCAUCACAGCCCGGAUAAGGGUUGCUGUGAUCACGGACAUGGUCAUGGGAAACUUCGCCGCGAGAGAUCCUGUCAUGACAUUCCCCUCAAGGAAAGUACCAGUGUCUACAACCUGCAGCGACGUGUUCGAGUUCUCAGGGAGCAAGUGCAGCGACGCGAUCUCCACCUGGAGCUACUGCGUCGCAAGCUGGCCAUCAUAGAGGACGGUGCGCGGGGGAAGUGCAUGCUGCAGGGUGAACGGGAUGAUGCCGUUUGCCGGGCCAAGAAGGCGGCCAAGCAGGUGGACAAGUUGAGUGCCCAGCUGGCCGAUGCCCGGUCACAGAUAGCAGAGGUCAAGGCCCAGCUGGCCGAGGCUGUGGAGUACAAGAUAACCUCGUUGGAGAGGGCUCGAAAGAUCGAUGAGCUGUCCACACAGAUAUGCGAUCUGGAGGACGAGAAGACGCGCCUGCUAUCCCAACUUAAUGCCAUGAAGGAGCGCCUCAAAUCCUCCUGUGAAUCCAAUCAGAAUCGCAGAUGCCGCGAUGAGGCGCUAAUAAAUUCAAUGCGCGAUGAUGUCAGCCGCUUGAGUUCCCAACUCUCGGAUGCCAAUCAGCGCCUUUCGCAUUUGCAAUCCUUCCGCACGUCGGUUGCCAGGACACUGCAUCUUCGCGACCUGCCGGAAACGGAUCUUCUGCAUCGUCUGCAGGCCCUGUGCUCCGCACAUCAGGAGUUCACGAUGCUUUCGAAACGCUAUGAAACAGCUUCGCCAGUUGGAGAUCAUCCAUGUCCUCGGUUCGAUGAUCCCAUACCACCAUCCAGCCACUGUCGCCCGCCAAGGGAGCUCAGUCCUCCGCCAACUUCCUUCCACCAUAAGGCGACACUCCAUUCAGGCAGCAGCCAUCACCCCCCACCGUCUGAGCAUCAUCAUGGUUCCAGCAGCCACGUGCACAAUCACCACGGACAUGGACACGGACACGGUCACUCAUCCCAUUCCAGGCGGCAGCGAAGUAAAAGCCGGGACAAACGACUCCACGAUGAGUGCUUCGACACGGAUGUGCAUCGACUGCACCAUGGCUGCAAGGAGGAGCUACUGGCCACCGGAUCGGAGGAUGACUAUGACUUCAAGAGCAAAUACUGCUAGAGUAGUAAACUUUUUCUUUGCAUUUGUAUUUUUUCAAAAUAACUCAGAAUAAAAUAUGGUUUCUACAUUUCGGAAAAUGUAA